GUCAUGUUUUCUCAUGUCCACCACUGGUGCUUUUGGAAUAUAUUCAGCACUGCGUUUUUGUUUGUCUGGCAUAUUUUCCCUUCAUACAAAUAACAGGAUUAUUCAAGUAUUCUUCGUAAAGCGGCAGCGAAGUUGCAUUGGAAGAUUUUUGCGAUUGUAUGUGAAAAAUGGAACAAAGAGGACGGUCACGUCGACUGCAAUUGAAUGCGAAACUCGCUUUCAUUGCGGUACUGCUUUUAUUCUGCAAAUCAGUUUUUGGACAGGUACGAUAUUCCGUGUCUGAGGAGCAGAAGGACGGAGCUGCUGUAGGAAAUAUUGCGAAGGAUUUGGGCAUUGAUCACAGAACGUUAAAGGAUCGAGGGUUUCGCAUUGUCUCGACCUCAGGCGAGCCAUUGUUCAUUGUGAAUCAGAAUGACGGUGUGUUGUAUGUGAAUGGUAAAAUAGACAGAGAAGCGGUGUGCGAAAGAAUCAAUCCGUGUCUAAUCAAUCUGAAAAUAGCAUUAGAAAACCCACUUGAAAUUCAUUACGUCACUGUAGAGAUAUUGGACGUGAACGAUCACAGUCCGCGGUUUCCUGGGAAUGAAAAGCGGCUGGAGAUUUGGGAAUCUGCUAUGCCAGGAGCACGCUAUCCGCUACAGGCAGCGCGCGACCUCGACACUGGAAUCAAUUCAGUUCAGACUUAUAAACUCAGCCACAACGACAAUUUCCGUCUCGAAAUUAAAGACAGGGAAGAUGGUAAAAUUCCAAUCUUGAUUUUACACAAGCCGCUUGACAGGGAGGUGACUAAAACCAUGAACUUAGAAUUAAUUGCUUUAGAUGGGGGGAAACCUCCUAAAUCUGGCUCAAUUGAAAUAUUGAUCGAUGUUCUGGAUAUAAAUGACAAUGUGCCUGUUUUUACGAAGGAAACGUACACGGUUACUUUAAAUGAAAACGCACCCGUGGGUACGACAAUUUUGCAGGUUAAUGCCACGGAUUCGGAUGAGGGUCAAAACGGAGAGAUAGUUUAUGCUUUUGGAAGUAACGUCAAUGAUAAUUUACGCAAACUUUUUGAAGUUAAUUCAAUUACUGGAGAAAUUAUUGUAAAAAGUCUUUUGGAUUUUGAGGUUAAAGAUAAAUAUGAGAUUGACAUCGAAGCAUCGGACAAAGGCAUUGUUCCUCUUACGACAGAUAAAAGUAUUUUCAUAAAUAUUGCUGAUGUUAAUGACAAUGCUCCAGAAAUAGAGGUGACAUCGUUUUCAAGCGCAAUUCCAGAAGACUCUAAACCUGGAACAACGGUGGCUUUAAUAAGCGUUUCAGAUUUAGACUCUGGUCUCAAUGGCAAAGUCUUCUGUUCACUGUCUGAUGGCAUACCUUUCAAGCUUUUGUCGUCAUUACAGGAUAAUAUUUAUUCAUUAGUUACAUCUACAUUGCUUGACAGGGAAGCAAAAUAUCAAUAUGACAUCACAGUAGUUGCCAGAGACGCGGGUCAACCCUCACUUUCGUCUCUUAAAACUAUAACGGUAAUGAUAUCAGAUGUAAAUGACAAUAGCCCAGCUUUUCUAUUUUCCCCUUAUGCGUUUUAUGUGAUGGAAAAUAAUGUACCAGGCAAAUCUUUAUUUUUUGUGUCUGCUUCUGAUAAAGAUUGGAACGAAAAUGCUGUGAUCAGUUACCAGAUAUGGAGAGACGGUGGCGAGGAAAACAAAUACACAUCAUUUAUUAAUAUUAACUCGGAAAAUGGAGAGAUUUAUGCGCUGAAAAGUUUUGACUUUGAAACUAUAAAAACAUUCCAGUUCCACGUGCUCGCAACAGACUCUGGAUCUCCGUCUCUGAGCAGUAAUGUGACAGUGAACGUGUUUAUUCUGGAUCAGAACGACAACGUUCCAGUGAUCUUAAAUCCAGUGAGUGCUAACGGUUCUGCUGAGGGUGUGGAGGAGAUUCCCCGCAAUGUGAACGCAGGUCAUUUGGUGACUAAAGUCAGAGCCUAUGACGCAGAUAUAGGAUACAACGGCUGGUUAUUAUUCUCACUACAGGAAGUUAGUGAUCACAGUCUGUUUGGUUUGGACCGCUAUACAGGACAGAUAAGAACCCUUCGCUCAUUCACAGAAACAGAUGAGGCCCAGCAUAAACUGGUCAUACUGGUGAAAGACAAUGGGAACGUUUCUCUCUCAGCAACAGCGACUGUGAUUGCGAAAGUUGUGGAGCCCAAAGAGGCUUUUGCAGCUUCUGAUGUUACAAACGCAGUGAAAGACGAUGAGGAAAACAACGUGACGUUUUAUUUGAUCAUCACGUUGGGCUCUGUGUCGGUUCUUUUUAUCAUCAGUAUCAUCGUGUUGAUUGUAAUGCAGUGCUCGAAAUCUUCAGACUAUUCGUCCAAGUAUUUACAAGAUGUGAAUUACGACGGGACUCUGUGUCACAGCAUUCAGUACAGAUCUGGAGACAAACGGUACAUGCUAGUUGGACCCAGAAUGAGUGUCGGUUCUACUUUAGCACCUGGAAGUAAUAGGAAUACUCUAGUGAUACCAGAUCGAAGGAGGAGAGAUUCUGGAGAGGUAAGGAAAGGCCUUACUAUAAGCUUUAUUGGAAAUUGUUAA